GCUGCCGUGAUGGGAUCUGGCCUUGUUGAGGAGAAAAUCAUCUCCAGCGAACGUUUCGGAAACCCACUCUUCCGUGCUGGAUUCGACGGACAUAUCCUCCGCAACGACCUCAUCAAGCCAAUCACCUACGAGAACCACUACCCACACUUCUACGAUGGCACCUACGAGCACCUUCCCCUGGACCACUAUGCUCUCCGUUUCCCCCAUGAGCUCCGCCACUUCCCCACUGAAUACCGCUACACCCCAGAAGCCAUCACCACUGACUUCCGUUACAACCUCCCAUACGGAUAUGCCCACCGCAACUACCUCCUCCACUAAAUUAAUUUUGAUUGCGCAUUCCAUGGGAUUGUCAAUGGAUUUGUUGAGUGCCAUUUCGGUGAAUAAAGUUUUUUAACUUAAAAAAA